UAUACACCACCACAAUGGAUUUGAAAUGAAACAAACAAGAUGUGCUUUAACUGCAGACUUUCUGCUUUCAUUUGAGAGUAUUUACAUCCAAAUCAGGUGAACGGUGUAGGAAUUACAACGGUUUCUAUAUGUGUCUCCCACAUAUACCUGCAGUAAGGACGGACAUGUAUCCUUAUCUGACAGCAAAAGAAAUCAGACGCAUCACUUAUACAGGAGAGCCGGGAUUACAGUUUUAAUCUGCAGAAUAAAGCUUUUGUGAGUUUGCAAUGUCUUUAUCAUUAUCAUCACAGAUGGAAAAUAAUGGUAUGUGUCAGACUGGAGAAAUAUGAUAUCAGGUUUACAUGUGGAUUAAAGUCUCAAAAGCAAGACAUUGCAUGUGGAAAGCACAUAUUGCACACUUAUUCCGUAACAAAGAAGAGCCCUCAGCAAUACUUGUACUUGGGUUUAUAUUUGGAUUGCAUAUAUUGGAUAUAAAUAUUGGGAAACAUAUGCCUUGGAGCUGAGAGGGGUGCUGGUGUGACCUCGUGCACAUAACAUUAUGAUGAAGAAAAGCAGAAGUGUUCUGACCAUCUCUUCAGAUGAGAAAUCCAGGGAUGAACCAGGGAGGUACAGCAGAUCCUACACGUCAUCUAGCACCCUGGGUGCAGAUCUCCGCAGGGGAAGGAGACGACUUUCCUCUACCCUCCAGGUUCCACCAUGGAGACCCGGUGAGAGAGCUCGCUCCCCUGACUAUGACAGCAUGCAGAGACCAACCACCCUCCCAUUGCGGAUUCCCCCUCGGAUCUCCAUCACUCACGUUGAUUCUGACAGGUCUAUGACAUGAACCUGAACAAGUUACUCAAAUCUAUUUGAAUGGGACAAAAAUAAAGAUUUCAGAUGAAAUCCAACAAACAACAGAAAUGUGUGGUCAAGCCCAUGAAGGGUUCAGGCCAGAUUAUGUGACUGCUAUAAGGAACAUUACCCGUCUUCUCUUUUUUAUCUAUAUUCUAUAAUAAGUUGAGCGUGUACCAUUAUUCACUAAACUAUUCUUGUUUUAACUAAUGUUGAUGUUGUCAUUAUCCCAGUUACCCCAUACCAUCCAAUUUAGCAGAUUACAGAAAACCUGCAGUUAUAGGUUAUUCCGUUCUUUUUUAUGUCUCUGUGAUAUGCACUAUAUAACUGUUUUAAGUUUUAUAUGUCUGUAUGAUCACACCCGUCGAGUUUAUUGUAUUGUACAAUAAAUGUAUGUGUUUUAAAUUA